AUGUAAAGAUNCAUUGUAGAAAAUUUGAAAAUAUUUCAUCUACUUUUACUUAAGGAAUUAGUAAGAGAAAUAUAUAUUAUUUGUGAAUCAUAAGAAAAUUUAGUUUCUCGUUUUCCUUUUUAUUAUUAGACCUUUGAAUUUAAUUUCCCCAAUGAAAUAAUUGAAAAUUAACUUUACUUAGGUAAUAGUAAUCAUGCCAACAAUCUUAAAGCAUUAAAUCUAUUAGGAAUCACUCAUGUUGUUAAUUGUGCUAAAGAAAUACCAAAUUAUUUCAAUGAUGUGAAAUAAGAAAAUAAGAAUUUCAUUAAAUAUUUCCAAGUUCCUGUUUUGGAUUUAGAAGAAGAACCAAUAUCUGAUCAUUUUGAUGAAGCUUACAUUUUUAUUAAUGAUGCCUUAAGUUAAUAAGAAAAUAAAGUAUAUUUAGAAUUCUAUAUUUGAAAAGGUCCUGGUUCAUUGUGCUUAAGGCAAAAGUAGAUCAGCCACAAUAGUGCUUAUGUUCUUAAUGAGAAAUAAAUAAUGGACUUUUGAUUAAACUUAUGAAUAUGUCCAAAAAAGAAGAGAAACUAUAUCCAUAAAUGAUGGAUUUCAAUUCCAAUUAUUGCAGAUCUGA